AGAUGGAGGAGAUGAAGAUGGAGCGUGAGAUGGAGCGUGAGGAGCUGCGGAGGCAAUUGGAACAGGAGAGGAGAGAGCGUGAGGAGGAAAAGAAAGAGCGAGAGGAAGAACAGAAGCAAAUUGCACAUCUUACAAGUUUGGUGACAGAGUUCUUAAAGGAAAAGACUCAAACACAUAAGUCGUCUAUCCAUCAUGAUGGGGCAUGUCAUCAACUGGUGGCACAAAUACUCGUUGAUACAUGGUGGAGCUAUGAGCAUGUGAAUCUAGUUUUUGGUACAUGGAUUGCUUUUGUUCAGAUGAUCAUGGUGGAGUUGUCUACAAGCAGAAAUCAAUUUUUUGUUUAUUUCAUAUUUUUAUCUACAUGAUGGUUGUU